AGCAUUUCGUUCUCAGAGUUGGGCGGAGUUUGUCCGACGCAGGAGGUAUUCUGUCUGCUCGUGACAACGGCGGGAAUUUAAUGCAAUGAUGGCUCAGAGCAUCCAAAACGUGACUCUCUCGCUAACGUUGCCUAUAUCGUGUUUGGUUUGCCUUGGAAAGGUGCGUCGCCCAGUUAUCUGCUCCAAUAAUCAUGUGUUUUGCUCUACUUGUAUUGAAGAGUGGCUGAAGAGAAAUAGCCAGUGUCCUACCUGCAGGAUACCCAUCACCUCAGAAAACCCUUGCAGAGAAAUAAUAGGUGCUUCAAAUGAAUGUGAGACAAGUGAUAGCCGAUCUGUUCGAAAGCAUCUUCGAAAGACACGACUUGAAUUGCUUCACAAAGAAUUUGAGGAUGAAAUAGAGACUCUUCAAAAUGAAAAUGAUGAGCUGAGAAACAAAAACUUAAACUUGGAGUUACAAUUGAAAUCAGUUCUUUACCCUGCAAACCAGCCAUUAUCAAAUAAAAGUGAGAAUGCUGAGCAGAAGAGAGAGGAUAAAACUGUUGAUCCCGGCUUUUUGGAGGAGUGGACAAGUAAACUCAAAGCUGCUAGUGAUCUUUAUGAGAAAGUGAAAACUGAUAUGGAAAAGCUGAAAGAGGCUAAUAAGAAUCUGAGAGCACAGAACAUUGACUUGGUAAGAGAGAAUCUACGCUUGAAAGCAGAAGUUGAGAACAGAUCUCCACAAAAAUUUGGCAGGUUUACUGUUGCUGCAUUAGAAGCAAAAAUUGACCAGUACGAAAGAGAUGCCAACCGCCUAAGGAAAGCCCUUGAAAGAAGUGACAAAUAUAUAGAGGAGCUAGAGAAUCAGAUCUCUCUGACUGGGAAGAAAGUAAAUGAUACAGACAGCUCUGCAGAGGUGAAUAGUCGAAAUGAUUGUAAAGCAAAAAAAGCAGAAGGCAGUGCUGAGUGCUUUUUAUCUUGGAGUAGCCAAAAUGAAGGAGAGCAAAGUAGAAUUUUAACAAUGAGGAAGAGUCUGAGUGAAAUGGAGCAACCUUCAGUUAGCAGUCUUGACAGACCGAGCAUAUUCAGCAAUGAUUUGGAUCUAGACAAUGAGUUAUUGGAGCCCGAAGGGCUGCUUUUAACCACCGCAACUAAAGGUGUUAAUAUUGAAAUGGAGCACAGCAAUAAAUGCAUCAGAGGAGAGAGUACGCCUGGGAAAAAACAUAAUAGUACAAAUUUUGAACACCUUGUAAAUCUCACUCCUUCUUCAUCUUUUAGCUGUCUUCGCUUAAGCAGCCCAAGUGAAGAAAUUAGACGAAGGCCAUUGUCCUACCUACGAAAGCUCAAUUUUGACAGUUCUGGUUGUAGUCAAAUAACUGAAGAAAGAAAGCAAGCAGUGGAUAAAUGUAAUCAGGACAGCUAUGCUGCCAGAGAACAGACAGAAGACAGUGGUUUAGAUAAGCAAGUCUUUUGGAACUCUUAUGAUGUUGGUAUCACAACUGCAAAUUCUGAUCAGUCAGCAUUACCAGAGCAAUUGACAGGUACAGAGUAUAAAAAUAUUCACAGCUCUAAUACCACUUUUCAACUCACUUUGGAGUCUGAAGUGAUUCGCUUAAGGACCUCAAGUGAGGCUUCCAUGGAUGCUGCCUAUCUUGAUAAAAUCUCUGAACUGGACACUAUGAUAUCUGAGUCUGAAAACAGCAGGAGCUCUCAUUACUCUUUAAUGUCAACACGGUCAUUCAGUGUCGAUUCCACUUUGAUACCAGAUGCGGCAGGUUGCAGUGAACUUGUGAAUGAAGUUGAUACAAGACUUGAGACAGAGGUGAGAGCAAAGCAGCAUGCUGCUCUGUGUUCUCAAGGUAGUGGUGAAGAGGGUAAACCUGCCACAGCUUCUGACAGCAAUUCCAGCACUUCAAAUUUAAAGACAGAGUUUUGUUUGUUUGAAAGUCAGGAGUCACAGAUUGGCAGUCUUCAGGUAAAACAAGACUCGGAUGAACUUUCUUUUGACUUAUUAUUCACAGACUCUCAGGAAUUUCCUGAAAAACUAAAACCAGGAUCUUUGGAUUCCUCCAGUCCAUCUGAAAGUAACUUUGAUGAAGCAGAGCCUUCUAAGAUCCGUCGCACCACUGUAAAAAAGCAAAGAGAAAGAUCAAAAACAAGCAUUGUACAGUCAAUCAAAAGAAAAACUGGAGGUGGUUUGGACAUAGAAAGUCCUUCAAAAACCACUAAAUUACUUUAAAUAAUUUUAGAAUAAAAUAUGAAUGUACAUUUUUUUUGUUUGGUAUAUACAAUGUAUAAUUAUUUUUUUAUCAGGUAUCUUGUCUGUAAUUGAAUAGUAGCAUUUUGAUUAUGCUUGAAUGUACAUUUUUUACAGAACAUUUCAAACAUUUUAAAAGGCUCCUUCAGUUUACACUCAUGCUAUACAAAACAAAACGUUGUUAGAGUAGGAAGUAAUGUUUUAAAUUUGAUGUAUAAAUAAUACAAAUGAAACAAUGUUGUAUAUUAUUUCUGAUUUCAUAAACCAUGAUAGUUUACUUUUUUAUAUAUAUUUCAGUAAUGGUGUCUCAACUUUCAUGGGGUGCAUGGAGUGUAAUUUUUUUCUCUUAAAGCAACAGGAAUGAAAAAAUAUUGUGUCUAAAACAUAAGAUACAACAUGUGCAUAUUGUGCACCAAUUUUUUUUUUUUUUUUAAAUAAAGUGUUUUAGUAAUGUUCCUUGUUCUUAUUAACCCACAUUGUGUCCUCUGUAUUCACAUUGAUAUGCACUUUUCAAUUGCAUUUCUAUAAACAUUUGUACAUAAUCAAUCAGUGUACAGUAUGUCUCUGUAAAGAUUACUCCAGCAAGGUGCAAAGGAAAUCAAAUUGAGCAGAGGUGAUUUAAAAGCAU